CAAGCGCAGUUCGAUCCACAUGUUCCGGACAGCAAUGGUAAUAGCGGCCAGCAUUGUAGCCGCGCUUCUCGGCUGCUUCAUCGCCUGCAUCAUCACCAGGGCUUUCCUGGGUCAGCCAGACUACGAAGAAAGCAUCGCAUUCGCGUCCUCAUCGCCUGCAACGCCCGAGCCUGAGCCCAGGGUCCAGUCGGAGAGGCCGCCUGCCUACACAGACGUCCUACGAGAACAGCAAGAAGAGUUGCCUUCCUACGUGGAAGCCAUGAGACGCCCGAUCAACUCCGCAUCACGAACAAACCCAGCUUACGUAAUCGACAUCACCUGACCGCCACCAGAAAUAAACUGCCACAUCAUAAAAUAUGAUCGUCAGCGCAAUUCCGGCGGACCUUGGUACGAAACAGACCAUAAGGAAGGAUUACAUCCCCUCAUAGUAAAUCAUUGGUCACCGUUAACACCCCUUUAUUUUUCAUGGCGCUCCUUGUCCAAACAUGGCGCUUGCGCCAUUAAAACCCACAGAACAGCAGCGAAGGAAGGAUGGCGGUGCUACUUAAGCAGCACUAACACUUCUUCCCGACUUUUGUCAACCAGAAAAGCGGCAUGAAAGCCAAGCUUGAGAUAACGAGGUUGUCAAGUGGACAGCGACCAUAGCUCCUUGCAGUAUUACCUAGAAGGAACAGUGGCACCACCGUCUAUGCGGCUUUGCGUCAGGAAAACGAUGGUAUAUGUGCCGGCGAGGCUUGUGUCGGCUACCAUUGAGCGAGGCUUGGCUUAAAACGCAGAUACAGCUGCACCAGUAAAGUUACUUAAAGGUUA